UGUUCUUCGGAGAAAGAAAUUUGGAUCGGCUGCUAAUAUUUCGCCUUUUUAUAUUCUUUCUAUUCAUAACAAAGGUUGAGUCCAGACCAGAGCUCAGAAUGUCAGGUACCCCUCUGCUUCUCCGAUGCAAGGCCGCAAGUGGUCAACACACAAUACGGCAACUGACAAGCGCUUCCACUGUUCAUGACCUCAAACACACCCUCAACACCUUGACAAAUAUUCCGCAGGACAGUCUUAAAAUAUUGGCGGGAUAUCCACCCAAAAUCCUAAACAUUGAGAACGACAAUCAGCAGUUGGCGAGUUUGUCGUUAAAAUCUGGAGACGUCUUGAUCGUUGAGAAAAACCAAUUGGCCAAAGUAAGGCAGGCUGAAGCAGUUCUGCAACACAUCGAAAACCAGAAUAACUCUCGUGGUAUCCUGACCAGACAGGUUGUGCCUGCAAACAACUCAUGUCUUUUCACGAGUAUUAAUUUUGCCAGGACGGGAAAGUUGGACCUGUCUGUCGCUGGUGGCAUGCGGGACCUUAUUGCUAGUGUUGUCAGGGGCGAUCCAGCAACAUAUAACGAAGCGUUUCUAGAAAAAUCAAAUGCUGAUUACUGCGCUUGGAUAAUGAGUGACGAGACAUGGGGAGGUGCUAUCGAGGUCGCCAUUUUAUCGAAGUAUUAUGGGAUAGAAAUUGACGUUGUUGAGACACAGGCGGAACGGAUUAAUAGAUUCGGCGAGGACCAGAAUUAUACUCAACGCAUUCUUCUUAUUUAUGAUGGGAUACAUUAUGAUCCGCUAAUGUUGGAACCCAUUGAUGCUACCACUCCACAGACUGUCUUCUCGACCAAUGAUGAAAGUAUUCUGAGUCUUGCUCUGGAGCUGGCUGCCGAGGCCAGGAGUAGCCACCAGUUUACCGAUAUGCAGGGCUUUUCUUUGCGGUGUCUGAUUUGUCAGAAAGCGCUCACAGGACAAUCUGCUGCCCAGGAACAUGCCAAGGCAACAGGGCACAUCAAUUUUGGCGAGUAUGAGGAAGACUCGUAGACUGCGUACUGACAGGUACCUGUUGACUAUGCUCCCUCGCUUUAAACCGUAUCUAAGAGUAGGAAUGGUCAUGCAUUAUUACUUUAUAUAUUGCUGUUGCGCGACCAUGAGAUCCUCUAUGAAGUUUCAUGACUGCCAGAAUCGAUUUAUGCAAGGUUACUAAUGACCCUCUUGUACUGUGUAGGGUUAAUAUUGGCUCAUUCAGAUCAGUUGGAAAAUUUGUUUUGGUAAAGAUAGUAAUCUUGUUUUACUUGGCUUGCUACAAGUUGUAGAAUUGUGCUACAAGUACAUGUAAAGAAUGCUGCACUGAAAGUGAAAUGUACUGAAAAUAGCAUGUUUACAAGAAUUCGUAAAUAUGAAAAAAGAGCGUAUUCUAGCAUUCAUCAACAUGUAUUAUUCAUUUGUUUGGUCAUUGUUUUCUAGGGGUUCAAGAUUUAUGGCUUCUGCUUGAAGGUGCAUGUUUAUUUUGAAUUUCCAAGUUCUUGUAAUCACGACAGGUACAUUGCGCUUGGGUUACCCUCAGCUGUGUUCAUUUCUGUCUUUCCAAUUUCUUAUAAUUUUGAAUAAAAA